UUAUAUUUGAUUUAAUGGGCUCCAGAGAGCUCUUGCUCUUCAGUUCUUAUCCGACAUUGUAAGGUGCUGGAGGUAUCCGGUAAUCGUCAGAGCAGAGCCAUGUCAUCAGUUCUACCUGGGGUUAUUUCUUCAACACCAACAACAACCAUUUUUCCAACUACUUCAAAUAAAUCGAAUCCUUUUAGUUCUAAAGAAUCUAAUGGCAUUGGCGCCCUUCCCUUCAAGAAGAUUGAAAGCAAGGAUGAUGUUAUAAAACCUGAUUUAUCACCGGUCCUAAAACAUCUCCCUGACCAACCCGUGAAGGUAAACCUUCAACCCUUCAACCUCUCUGCCAGUAUUAUAAACGGUGAAAGUACCAGACAGUUUUUCCGUCCGUCCAACGCCUCCUGGAAACGCUGGCAAAGACCACUGCCCUACCAGACCAAGAGUAAAGAAUAUCCUGUUCUGACUGUUGAGGAGCUUUCUAAACAGCUGUUGAGUCUUGAGAAGAGUACGGAUCAUUUCUUUUUGAUCGUCUUCGGUGUGAUAAUCUGGUUUAUGCAGUGUGGAUUUGCUUUCUUAGAGGCAGGAGCUGUAAGAUCCAAGAACACCGUAAAUAUUCUGAUCAAAAACCUGCUGGAUGCUUUCAUCGGAGGAAUCUCCUAUUGGGCUUUUGGCUGGGGAUUAGCCUAUGGAUCAGGUGGAAACGGUUUCUGCGGAGCGUCGGAAUUUUUGAAUUAUCAUCUUGACUAUAAUAAGUAUCCAAAGUGGUUUUUCCAGUUUGGAUUUGCAGCAACAUCUUCCACUAUAGUUGCUGGCGCUAUAGCAGAACGUUGUCAAAUCGGCGCCUACUUUAUCUACAGUACUGUCAUCACUGGGUUUGUGUAUCCCAUUGUAUCCCACUGGGCCUGGGACUAUGGGGACUACAAUGGCAAUGGCCAAGGCUGGCUGAAUGAAGCUGGAUUCUUAGAUUUUGGUGGAUCUGGCGUAGUCCAUUUGGUUGGUUCAUCUUGUUCUUUGGUUGCCUGCGCAUUUAUUGGAAGACGACGUGGCCGGUUUAAUAAACAAGGCCAGGUUCUGGAAAUGUUGGGACACUCUGUACCUCUCUCUGCACUUGGAGGAUUCAUCCUUAUUCUGGGAUUUAUUGGACUAUCUGCCAAAAAUGCAUCAAUAUCCCAAGAAGGAGACGGGGCUACAGUGGCGCUUGCAAUUGUAAACACUGUUCUAGGAGCAAGCUCAGGGGGUAUCAGUGUUCUUCUUAUUUAUAGAUUUGUUUUUCAUCAUCAUUGGAGCUUUUUGGUGACACUAAACGGUUCCCUCGCAGGAAUGGUUUCUAUUUGUGGCGGAGCUAACGUUUAUGAACCAUGGGCUGCUCUUGUUAUUGGAACAAUGGCGGGUAUAAUAUUCCUGGCUGUUAGGCAGCUUAUGUUUAAAUUACAGCUUGAUGAUCCGCUUGACUCAGUAGCUGUCCAUGGUACAGGAGGUGUUCUAGGACUACUUGCUGUUCCAUUCUUCAUGUAUGCAACUCUAGAUGAAGGAAAGAGAGGAAUAUUUUUCGAUGGACACUUAGCAUACCCUUGGACAGUGCUGGGAUAUAAUGCUCUAGGGUGCUUCUGUAUUAUAGUUUGGUCCUGUUUUUGGAGCGUUAUUAUUUUUGGAUUAACCUCGUAUUUUGGGCUUCUACGGAUCACAGUUGAUAUGGAGCUACGAGGGGUUGAUUAUCUUAAACACGGAGAAUCCGCCUAUCCAGCAGAGGCCUGGGUAGAGUUUCAAUACAAGCCUAAAGCAGGAGUUGGAGAGAACUAUACUCCAGAUCAUAUGGCUUACUUAAAUACAACACUUGGUUUUGAUGGAAUCUCCUUGGAUAAAAAUAUUUCUUCUAGUAAUGAUCCUCAUAUUCUUCUACCAACUACAGGCAUUUUGAUGAAUAACAUUGCCAGAGGUGCACUAGAUAUGAUUGAUCGUCAUGAUGGAGGAAGAGGCAAAGAGAACUUAGGAUAUCUGCACAGUUAAACACCAGUUCAUUCUGGAAUAAACCAGUUGAACACUCUACAGAACCAGUUCAUUAUGGAAUAAACCAGUUGAACUCUCGACUGAACCAGUUCAUUAUGGAAUAAACCAGUUAAACACUCUACGGAACCAGUUCUUUAUGGAAUAAACCAGAUAAACACUCUACAGAACCAGUUCAUUAUGGAAUAAACCAGUUAAACACUCUACAGAACCAGUUCAUCAUGGAAUAAACCAGUUAAACACUCUACAGAACCAGUUCAUCAUGGAAUAAACCAGUUAAACACUCUACAGAACCAGUUCAUUAUGGAUUAAACCAGAUAAACACUCUACAGAACCAGUUCAUUAUGGAAUAAACCAGAUAAACACUCUACAGAACCAGUUCAUUAUGGAAUAAACCAGUUAAACACUCUACAGAACCAGUUCAUUAUGGACUAAACCAGAUAAACACUCUACAGAACCAGUUCAUCCUGGAACAAACAAGGUGUUUAGAAACAAAUUUUACUACUGUUUUAGCAAUGUCUUUUUUAAAAUCUAACAUUGUGGACGGACAGAGUUGAUAUUUAAGUAUUUUUAUUUAACUAAAAUAUUAUGAUUAUUUAAUUAUAUGAAUUAAAAGAUUACAAUUUAUAGAUAACAUUGCGUAAUAUAUGUUUAUUCCAAAUAAAAUCAAAUAAAAUA